GGCCCGAGGACAACAAGCAGGCGCCGCACCCUCCUGGCCAGAGCCAAGGCACACCAGAGCAGCCUCAGACCCGCGGAGCCUCCAGGCCGCCGCCCGCGGGUCACGCUGCCCCGACCAAGAUCGCCUCCAUGGAAGUUGCCAGGGCACACCCCAUGUGGGUCGACCCUCCCGCUGCGGCGGCGGAGAGGGCAAAGCACCGUGCUGCCCUGAAGGAGGCAGUGUCAGCGCUGGAGAAGCGCAUCGUGGCUCAGAAGACCCUGCACGCCGAGAGCCCCCAGCUGGCGCCGCUGGAGCUCGAGCUGAGCGUCUUGCAGUUCAUGUACCUGUUCGCUUACCCAGCCAAGGAGCGGGCGGCGAACCAGCGCUCCUACGUCGAGCGCGCCGAGCGCCGCCUCGAGCAGGCCGAGGUCGAGGAGACCAAGGCCGCCACGGCUCUGCAGGCUGCCACUGUCCAUCGCCAGGCGCUCGCCGCCGACCUGGAGCAGGCCAGAGCGGCGCUGGGCAAGUUCGAGGAGCUCGCGGAGCAGGAGAUCAAGCAGGUGGCCUUCGCGGGGCCGGAGGUCAUCGCCGACUUGCAGAAGUCCCAGUCCGACCUGGUCGCCGACUUCUCGACGCUGGCGGCCACCAUGGCCCAGAUCCAGGGCAGCCUGGCCCUCAUGACGGUCCCACCAGACCUGCCCUCUGGCGUCGAGGCCGCUGGCGGCGAUGGCAGGGGCGGGAGGGCCAAGGCGAUGGCGGCGGCAGCCAUGUCAGCAGCUGUGGACAAGGCUGCCAAGAAGAAGGCGGCGUGGCAGCGUGCCGUCGCCAACGCGCCCGGGAAGGUCGCCCUCGGGUCCGCUCUAGGACGUUUUGCUGCGACUGCGGGGUCUGGCGACGAGGAGCUCUGCGAGCCGCCCUACAAGUCCCAGCGCCUCCCAGCCGACGGGAUUCCCGUCGAGGAGUUCGCCGACUCGGACGAGAUGCAGGACGCCGACGUGGGCGACGCCAUCGGCCUGCCCACCCAGUCUUUUC